AUGGAUAAAUGUGGGAUUUGUGAUAAACCUGCAGUUCAACUGUUUGAGACAGGCAACGAUGGUGUGUACGCUUGCUUCAAAUGCCAGCCGCUGGUGCCUGAAGUGACCAUCGAUGACAGCGCCACCGAUCCACCCGAUCCUUCCGAGUCACAGAACUCCAACACUGAUGAGGAGAGCAAUGAUAAAUCCCUUUACUGUGGCAUCUGCCACAAGUCGUUCCAGAAGAGCAUGCAGCUGCAGAACCAUAUGCGCAACCACCGUGCGGAGAGGCGGUUUGUUUGUACUUAUUGCAAUAAAGCAUUUUCUCAGUCCAACAACCUUAGGGCGCACCUGCGUAUCCACACCAACGAGCGGCCUUUCAAAUGCACCGAAUGUGGGAAAGCAUUUACUCAGGUCACGAACCUGAACAACCAUGUUCGACUGCACACCGGAGAGCGGCCAUUUGUGUGCCCGGAACCCGGCUGCAACAAGGCUUAUGCGCAGGUGACGAAUCUGAACCAGCACCGAAAGCGGCAUCUGAACGGGCGGCCCGUGGAGGCCACCUACGACUGCACCGUGUGCGGCGAGCAGUUCCAGCAGAGGAACCACAUGUACACGCACAGACGUGAAGCACACCCUGAAGUUCGAAGCCACGGCCAGCGCUGCGGGAUCUGCGACGCCAUCUUGCCGAGCGAGCGUCUGUUGAGGCUCCAUGUGGCCCAACACACGGUCGCCGCGCCCGUGCACGACGCCGAUCAGGACUCAAGUCAGUACCGCUAA